AUGGACGCCGAGUACCCGGCCCUGGAGCCCCCGCUCUGCGGCGAGCUCAAACGCCUGUGCAAGCGGCUGCAGGAGGCGCUCCACGAGCUGAGAGAGGACCUCGCGCCCUUCCGAGAUGACCGCUACUACCGGCUGGCGCCCAUGCGGCUCUACACGCUCUCCAAGCGCCACUUCGUCCUGGUGUUCGUCGUGUUCUUCGCCUGCUUUGGCCUGACCGUCUUUGUCGGCAUCAGAGGACCCAAAGUGAUCCAGACUUCUGCAGCUAAUUUUUCACUAAAUAAUAGCAAAAAGCUAAAGCCCAUUCAGUUACGUUCAAAUCCACUGUCGACGUAUAAUCAGCAGCUGUGGCUGACGUGUGUGGUUGAAUUGAAUCAGUCAAAAGAGACCUCCAUUCAGACGAGCUUCCCCUUGACGGUGAAGGUGGACGGUGUCGCUCAGGAUGGAACCACGAUGUACAUUCACAACAAGGUCCACAACCGGACCAGGACGCUCACGUGCGCAGGGAAAUGCGCGGAGAUGAUCGUGGCUCACCUCGGCUACUUGAACUACUCGCAGUACACCGUGACCGUGGGCUUUGAGCACCUCAAGCUGCCCGUCAAGGAGAUGCACUUCACGUGGAAGACUUACGACCCCGCAUUCUCCCAGUUGGAGAUCUGGUUCCGAUUUGUCUUCGUGGUGCUCACCUUCAUCGUCACGUGCCUGUUUGCACACUCGCUGCGGAAGUUUUCCAUGCGGGACUGGGGCAUCGAGCAGAAGUGGAUGUCCGUCCUCCUGCCCCUGCUGCUGCUGUACAACGAUCCGUUCUUCCCGCUGUCCUUCCUGGUGAACAGCUGGCUCCCGGGCAUGCUGGACGACCUCUUCCAGUCCGUGUUCCUGUGCGCCUUGCUGCUCUUCUGGCUCUGCGUGUACCACGGGAUCCGGGUGCAGGGAGAGAGAAAGUGCUUGACUUUCUAUCUGCCCAAGUUCUUCAUCGUCGGGCUGCUGUGGCUGGCGGCGGUGACGCUGGGGGUGUGGCAGACAGUUAACGAAUUGCACGAUCCCAUGUACCAGUACCGCGUGGACACGGGCAACUUUCAGGGCAUGAAGACCUUCUUCCUGGUGGGGGCAGCCGUGUACAUCGCCGCCCUGCUGUUCUUGGUCGUGCGGGCCUGUUCCGAGCUGCGCCACAUGCCGUACGUGGAUCUCAGGUUAAAGUUUUUGACAGCAUUAACCUUCGUGGUGCUUGUCAUUAGCAUCGUCAUCCUUUACUUAAGGUUUGGAGCCCAAGUAUUACAAGACAACUUUGUAGCAGAACUGUCGACCCACUACCAGAACUCAGCGGAGUUCCUGUCUUUCUACGGCUUGUUGAACUUUUACCUCUACACUUUGGCCUUCGUGUACUCUCCGUCGAGGAACGCGCUGUAUGAGUCGCAGCUGAAAGACAAUCCUGCCUUCUCCAUGCUCAACGACUCGGACGACGACGUCAUCUACGGGAGCGACUACGAGGAGAUGCCCCUGCAGAACGGCCAGGCCAUCCGCGCCAAGUACAAGGAGGAGUCGGACAGCGACUGAGCGCCCGGGGCCGCGCCCGCCCCGCCCGCCCCGCCACACUGCAAGCCGAGAAUCCCCGUUCCUCGUGUGUUUACGUUUUUAAAAGGAAACCAAAAUGGAGAGCAAAUCUAAAUCGGCCAAGUUUACGUCAGGGCAGCUCCAUCUGUCUGGGAGGGGGGGGCUAAGUGUCAACAGCCGGAUCCUCUCUGCAGAGGUUUCGGGUGAGAGGUUUCCAUGGUGACAAGGAAAUCGCCCAUUUUCAGUAGAAUUGCUUACCGGCACACUCCAGCUCCUGGGCAGCCCUCCCGGCCGGGGCCCGGCUAGCAGCCCUGCUCUCCUUCCUGCCUCCCGGAGCUGGGCCCGUGGCUUGUUUUGACCCUUUCGUCUGUGCCUGAGUGGGGCCGUCCUGCCUGUGGGCGGCGUCUGCAGACCCCUAGUGACGACGGACCACUGGCAGGGUGGCGGCCAGGCCUCAGCCCGGGCGCUCCGACGCAGCAGGGUGGCGCUGGCUCUCCCCACAGGGAAAGGCUGCAGUAACCUACCGGUUCCCAGCUCCGGGCUGGCUCUGAAGGUUGUGUUGAAGGACAGUGUGUGCCCCUGUGGCUGGGGUGGACAGCAGGGGAGCUGCCUCCAUUCCAGUCAACAGCAAUUUCUGCGAACUGUUGAACGUGAGAUCCCGUGAGGCUUUAUUUUUAAAUAAAAGCUAAAUAAGCGAUUGAUAGAUUAUUAUAGAUUCCUUAUUACCAAAAAGAUUUUCAGUUCCCCAUUUGGAAACUAACUGAAAAGAAAGUGAAUGGCUUACGGAUAAGCACCUGUGGGUGGGAAGUCACUUGUCUGGAAGUCUCUCCUGGCCGUGAGUCCCGCCGUGGCCGGGCGCGCAGGUGCACAGCUCCAGAAGGGACGCUCAUGGUGCUGCUGCAUCUCGGGCAUCCUAGGAGGCUCAAAGACUCCACGUGCAAGUGUGGUGCGGAUGACCUGCCCGAGGCGCCUGACUCGGCGGGAUGCCGGCAGCCGUGGUGACCGGUGAUGCAGAGGCCCGGGAGGACCGUCCGCUCCGCACACAGCGCCUGCGUUUCCAUCUAUGCAUUCACAGCUCGUCACUCAGAGCCGCAAGUGACAGCCACUCCAGGACCCUGGGCCCCGCAGGUGCAGAGGAAGCUCCUCCUUAGGGCUUCUCUAACUUAACGAUAAUGUGAUGGGACCUUCAUAUGGAUUCCAUUUAAUUUGUUUUAAAAGACUUGUAAAUAUGAAUGAAGCAGCUGUUAUGUAAGGGUGAUUCAAGUUUACAUGAUUUUUACACUUGCAACGGUGUGAGAUGACUUUUUUUUAUUCUGUGUAUUGCAAAAAGGUUUCUGUUACCCAGUUUUACAACUUCUAAUACGACUACUCUAACUAUGAAUAGUUGAUGUAGGAACGGAUGAAGACUGGCAAGUGCUGACUGAGGCACUCCAACACGUGACGUGGUUACAGGCCUUACGGUCACGAAGCCGUGUCCGGAUCUGGAAUGCUGCUGUUCACCAGAUGUAAAAGCUUCGCGCAUUAGCCGUGUGCAUUAGCACAGUGCACGUCACGGGUCUGUGUUCUGUGGGGCAGCAGGAAGCUGGGGCCGAGUCCUCACAUCCACCCUCCAGGGCAGCCGCGAAGUGAAACAGUAGUGUGUAUUUACUUUCUGUAACUAAAAUGACAAAGUGCUCAACAGGAAAAUGGUUGUUAAAUUGUGUGCUUUUGAUUUCUCCUCCCUGAUGUAGUAGAUAAGCAUUUUGCAUGCUCCGUGUAAGAACUGGCUUAGUGUGUGCAGCACUUAGCACGCCGGGUGACAGGCGUCAUGUGACAGGCGUCAUCCCUCCAGAAACUCGGGAGGGUGCCAGCUUUACUUCAAAGACAUCAAAGUUUCGCAGACUUGAGUUCUUCAUGAUAACGGCCUGACAUCACUGCUGGGUUUUUAUAUUGGUCUAGGGGAGUCUGGAGGCAUCCCAUGUCCCCAGGGGCCUCAUUGGCCACGUGGGUAAUAGGUCUGCUUGAUUUAUUAUUCAACCACUACAGCCCUGCAGUGGUGCCAUUCUCUCUGAAGCCCUGGUUGAAAGGCCAGAGAAGGGGAUGUAUAAAACGUAUUCAUGGUUGGUAAGGUUACUGCUGUACAUAAUUAAUAUUAUAAGUUUGGAUAACGUAGACCCGGCCCACUGAAUGGGCAGGUUAGCAGACAGACGUCACCAGCGUCGAGUAUUUCAUGGGCUAGUUCCUGAAUGCAGCUACGUUACCUAGGUUACAUGGUGGCCACUGACUUCUCAAAUCCUGCCCACAGCAGAAAUACAGAUGCUUACAAAGGGAUGGUGACGGGGGCUGCUCUGUCACCAGGACUCGGCCAGAGGCGUCAGAAACCAGCUGCCUUAGAGGGUCCUUUUGAAAACACACACACACACACACACUCAGAAGAGAGAAACCUUACCGCCCGGACAGAGGGAGUUGCUUCUGUUUUUUGCUUUGCCUUUGUUACGCUGUUUGUCUUUGUGCCGUGUUAGGCAUACCGGUAAGUCUAAUACCACACUCUGCAACAUUUUCUGUUAAGAAAACUGCCUUUUUACACACAAGCUGUACAUAUCUGUGAACUGAAACACUCGCCAUUACGCUCAAAAGGAAGGGGGGGGCGUGGCGUGGCCGUCCUCCGUGGGCAACAGGAAUCGCUGUCUGCUUAGGGCAAACUCGCCUCCUGGGAACGGCUUCAUUCUGACACUCCCUUUCUGCAAAUGGUAAUAAAUUUUUAUUAUU